AUGGGCGACCUCGAGGCGCGCGUCGCUGCGCUCGAGGACGAGAAGCGCAAGCUUCUGUCCAGCUGGCAGCGUGAGCGCGACGAAAAUGCGCGCAAAGAAGAGGAGCUCGCUGCGUACGCCGCGCGUACGCAGUCGAUGCGCACGGAGCUGUCCAAGGUGAACCUCGCCCUGGAGCAGGCACAGAGUGCCGAGAGCACCAGCAAGUACAAAGCACGCACGCUCGAGCAGCAGCUUUCGCUCGCGCGCCAGGACACAGAGUGGGCACGCAGCGCGCUGCAGCGCGAACACGAAACCAAUGCGAGCGCACGCGCAGAACUCACGACGCGCCUCACGCGCGCCGAGACCGCGCUGGACCUCGCGACACAGGAGCGCUCGAGCGCCGCGGCACAGCUCGCGCAGGCGGAGCGUGCGCUAAACGAUACACAGGCAAAGCACGCGGAAUCGGCGGCGCGCAUCACCCAACUCCAAAGCGCGGCCGCCGCGCAGGAGCACGACGCGCGCCUCGAGAUCAACGGGCUGCAGCGCACGAUUGAGCUCGGCGAGGCGCGCGUGCAGCAUGCCGAGCGCCGCGCCGCUCAGCUCGAGGCGGCGUGCGACGAAUUGGUCGCCAAGUGCGGCGAGCGCGAAGGCGCAGCCCAGGACUUGGCCGACGAGGAACGCGCGGCGACUGCCUCGCUGCGCGAGGAGAACGCGGCGCUGCAGGCGGCGCUCGACCGCCUCGCGGCGAGCCUCGGCGUCCAGGUCAAGGACGGCGAGGUGGAGCAGCCCAGCCUCUCGACCGCUGCCUCGUUCGCCGCCCAUGUCCAGCGGGACGGCAAGAGCUUCAGCGAGGUGUACCUCGACCUCGUGCGCACGGACGAGGAGCUGCGGCGCGAGCGCGCCGAAACGGGGCGCCUCGAGGGCGUCCUGGCCGAAGUCAUGGCCGAUCUGGACGCCCAUGCGCCGCAGCUCAAGGCGCAGCGCGACGAGAACGCCGCGCUGCGUGCCGAGCUCGACGAGGCGCUCGCGGAGCUCGCGACCGCCGCCGAGGUGCGCGACGCGGCCCAAGAGACCGCCGCCGAGGCGCAGCGCGAGCUCGCGCGUGUCGAGCGCGAGCACACGCUUGCGACGCAGCAGCUCGAAGAUACCGGCCUCCAAGUGCGCACGCUGCUGCGCGAGGUCAUCCUGCUGCGCGACCCCUCCGCGGCGGAGCGCAUGGAAGACGACGGGACGCCGCUCGACGUGCCGAGCACGGAUAUCCACACCAUCAUUACGCAAGAACUCGUCACCUUCCGCUCCCUGUCGGAGCUCUGUGCGCAGAACAAGCGCCUGCUUCAUGCCCUGCGCGAGCUCGGCAACAAGAUGGAGGCGAUGGACGACAAGGCGGCGCAGUCCAACGACGACGCCGUGCAAGAAGCCGCGGCGCUCCUCGAAAAGGUCAGGGACGAGCUCGAGGCGGAGCGCGCCUCGAGCGAGAAUCUGCGCCGCGAGCGCGACAUGUUCCGCAGCGCGUGCCUCGCGACCGAGUCGGCGCCGCCGCCGCCUGUGCCGGCAGCCGACACGGAGCCCCUCCGCACCGAGCUCGCGUCUUCCAGGGCCGAGGCGCAGCGUGCGUGCGCCGCUCGCGACGCUGCGCAAGAGCGCCUCGCCAUCCUCCAGCACACCGCCGAGCUGCACCAAUCGCAGCUUGCCGAGUCGCGGCAGCAGAUGGAGCGCCUGCACGGCCUGCUCGCGAGCCGUGACCAGGCUGUCCAGGCCAAGGAGCAGGCGCUCCUUACCAACCACGGCACGAUCGAGCAGCUGCGUGCGGAGCUCGCCUCGGCGACGACCGAGGCGCGCGUCAGCGCCGAGCAGCGCGACGCGCUCCUCGACGAAAACAGCAAGCUCUCGCUCGCCAAGAGCACCGCCGAGCAGGCGCUCGCCGAGGCGCAGUCGGUGCGCACCGACGAUGCACACAAGCGCAGCUCCGAGUACGACCGCCUGCGCGACGACGCGGCGCAGCUGCGCAUCGCCCUCGCCGCUGCCGAAGCGCGUGCGGGCGAGGAGCAGACGCAGGCGACCAAUGCGACGCUCCGCCGCGAAAUCGAGACGCGCGCUCUGCAGGAACGUCUCGACACGCUCGUGCAGCAGCACACGAGCGCCCGCGAGGCGCUCGCGACGGCGCAGGCGAAUGCGAUGCACGCCGAGCGCCGCGCGACCGACCUGCUCGGCCAGCUCGAGCAGGCCAAGUCCUUCACGGCCCUCUUUGAGAAGCAGCUCGCGGCCGCCGAAGAGAGCCGCAAGGCCGCGGCCGCGGCUGCUCUCGGCGCGGCGGAUGCGGCGUCGGCGAGCGGCCUCUCGCCCGAGCGCCAGCUCGAGAUGGAGCUGAUGGACGUGCGCCGCGGCCGCGCCGCGGCUCAGGCCGAGACGCUCGAGGCGAAAGAAAAGCUCCAGGCGAGCGUCGACGCUCAGACGCAACUCCAGCAGUCGCUCGACGCGGCGAUCGCCGAGCGCGAUGCGGCGCAGGCGCAGCACACCGCCGCCGCCACCGCGGCCGAGCAGGCCUCUGCCGAGCACCAGGCGGCGCUCGCGGCAAAAGACGCCGAAGUGACGUCGCUGCGCGAGGCGCUCGACAACGCGCACGCCGAGCGCGACGCGCAAAAGACCGCGUUUGCCAACGAGAAGCGCGAGCUCGAAGACGCGCUCGCCGGCCUGUCCACCGCCGAGAAGGAGGCCGAGGACAAUGCGCCGCAGGCCUGGGACGAGGUGCGCAAGUUUGCGCGCGCCGCCAAAGAGGCCGAGACGCGCGCCGCGGACGCGGCCCACGCCCAGAGCGAGGCGCAAGGCGAAAUCGAGCGCCUGCGCACCGAGCUGCAGCGUGUCGUCUCGGAGAGCGACGCACUGCGCCACGCACGCGACGUUGCGGAUGCCGAGAACAACCGCAGCGCGCUUGCUGCCGAGACGCACGCGCGCUCGCUCGAAAAGACCAUCGACACGCUCAAGACGCAGCGCGACGAGCUCCAGGAGCAAAACACGCAGCUGCACGGCCACCUCGAGGCCGUCGGCAAGCGCUCGGCGGCCGAAGGCGAGGCGGACGUCGCGAGUGCCGGCGACCUGCACCAGGUCAUCCGGUACCUGCGCCGCGAAAAGGAGGCGCUCGAGCUCCAGGCGGAGCUCGCGCGGCAAGAGCAGGCGCGCCUGCGCCAGGCGCUCGACAAGGCCGAGCAGGACGCCACGGCUCUCCGCACCGAGCUCGCCGAGGCCAAGGCGCCGAGCGACGCGCCCAACACGCAGUACGCCGAGCUCCUCGACAAGAUCAACCAGCUCUCGUCGCUGCGUGAGCACGUCACGACGCUCAAGGAAGCGAAGCAGGCGCUCGAGACGCGCGCCGAGUCGCUUUCCUCGCAGCUCAGCGCCGCGCAGCAGGAGCUGCAGCCGGGCCGCGAACAGCUGCAGAGCGCGCAGGUCGAGCUCGAGACGUGCCAGAGCCAGCUGCGCGUCGUCCAGGAGGACGUCGCGCGGUGGAAGAGCCGCACCGAGGGCCUCCUCAAGUCGUCCGGUGUCACCGAGGCCCUCGAGAAGGCCGAGGCCGAGCGCAAAGAGGCGCAGGCACAGGUCGAGACCGCGCGUGCCGAGCUCGAGUCAGAAAAGACGCGCCUUUCGUCCGAGCUGCAGACCGCCAAUGCACGCUUCGAGCAGCUGCGUGAACAAGUCCGUGCGCGCAUCACGCAGGAGCGCCGCUCGGUGGCCGAGGCGACCGAGCGUGGCAACCAGCUCCAGCAGGAGAAGGACGCCGCGGCGGCCAAGGCGGAGGAAGAGAAGAAGGCGCUCGAGGAACAGGUGCAGGCGCUCCAGGCCAAGAUCGAUGAGCAGGCCAAGGAGCCGAUGCAGACCGACGGGCAGCCAGAGGCCAAGCCGGAGUCCAAGGCCGAGGGCGAGGGCGAGCAGCCCAACUGGGAGGCCGAAAAGGCGGCGCUCGCCGAGCAGCUGCGCGCCAAGACGGAAGAGUGCGAGAAGCACAAAAACUUUGCGCGCACCUUCCUGAAGGACAAGCGCGCAGCCGAGGCGCUGGUCAAGGAAAAGACGGCGCAGCUCGAAGAGCUCGAGAAGAAGCUCGCCGAGGGCGGCCAGGGCAAAGGUGUGGCCAAGACGGAAGGCGGAGGCGAGGCGGCCGAGGGCAAGGCCUCGGGGGCUGAGGCCACCGACUCUGCCACGGACGCGCAGCCCGAGGCUUCCGAGUCCAAGCCAGAGACGGCCGGGUCCAAGCCCGAGGCUUCCGAGUCCAAGCCAGAAACGGCCGGGGCCACGCCGGCGGCCGAUGCCCCCACCGCGCCCGAGGACGAGACGGUCGAGGGCCUGCGCAAGCGCAUCGCCGAGCUCGAGUCGCUCCUCGCUGCGGCCAACGCCCGCAUCGCCGAGCUCGAGGCGGCGAGUGCCUCCUCCGAUACCGCGGCCAAGGACGCCAAGAUCGAGGAGCUGACGAAGCAACUCGCUGCGCCCGACGGCCUGCAAGCUGCGAUCGAGGCCAAGGAAGCCGAGCUCAAGGCGCACUACCAAUCGCUUCUCCAGACGCGCUACGACGACGGAAAGCACGAGGCGACGCUGCGCAAUACCAUCAUGCUCAAGCAGCGCGACAACAAGAUUACCAAGCUCACUGCCGAGAUCCAGGAGCUCAAGAUCAAGCUCGGCAUUGCGUCCGACGCGCCGGCGCCGAAGCCCACGCCGAAGCCCAAGGCGGAGGAGAAGGAGAAGCCCGAGGAGAAGUCCGAGGCGAAGGCAGAGGCGACGCCCGCGCGCCCUGCCGUCGUCCGCGGCGGAGCGCCUGCGCGUGGCGGCCGUGGCGGCGGCCCCAAGCCCGUCCCCCUCCUCCAGCGCGCCAAGCCCGCUGAAGGCACGUCGAUCCGCGGCGCGGCCGCGACGCGCGGUGCGCCCGCGAAGCGCGGCGCCGUGUCGGUCGCGGGUGGCGCGAAGCGGAAGCGCGAGCUUGCCGCGUCGACGUCGAGCACGGACAACGACAAGCCCAAAGGCGCUCCGAAAAAGUCGCGAGGCGACGACGCGGAGUAG